AUGCACCGCAAGAUCGCAGCCAUUGCGGCCUUCAUCGCCGCCGCCAGCGCGCAACAGGCUUGUACAAGCCAGGCUGAGACUCAUCCUCCUCUGACAUGGCAGACUUGCACAACCGGCGGCAGCUGCACCACCAACUCCGCCAGUGUCGUCCUUGAUUCCAACUGGCGAUGGACUCACACCGUUGAGGGCUCUACCAACUGCUACACCGGCAACAAGUGGGACACCUCCAUUUGCACCAGCAACACGGUUUGCGCUGAGAAGUGCUGCGUUGAUGGCGCCGACUACCCUGGCACAUAUGGUGUCACUACUUCCGGCAGCCAGCUGAACCUCAGACUUGUCACUGAGCACACCUACGGGAAGACAAUCGGUAGCCGUGUCUACUUGAUGCAGGCUGGUUCUGAUACUCAAUACCAGACUUUCGAUCUCCUGGGCAACGAGUUCACCUUUGACACGGAUGUUUCCAAGCUUGAGUGUGGCCUGAACGGCGCCCUAUACUUUGUGAAGAUGGAGAAGGACGGUGGCGUGGCCAACUAUAGCGGAAACAAGGCUGGUGCCAAGUUCGGAACUGGCUACUGUGACAGUCAGUGCCCUCGCGAUGUCAAAUUCAUUGGUGGACAGGCCAACGUUGAGGAUUGGGUGUCAGGUGAUGGCAACCCCGAUUCUGGUGUCGGUGCCCUUGGUGCUUGCUGCGCCGAGAUGGAUAUCUUCAACGCUCUCAGAGGCCAAGAUUUGCUGACCACAAGACGCAUCGAAACAGGGGAGGCCAACAAGAUCUCCACCGCCUAUACUCCCCACCCAUGCCAGAACAACAACUACCAUGUCUGUGACGGUGAUUCAUGCGGCGGAACCUACUCUGCCGACCGCUACGCCGGCGACUGUGACCCAGAUGGCUGCGACUUCAACUCAUGGAGACAGGGCAACAAGACCUUCUACGGACCUGGCAGCAACUUUGUCGUUGACACAACUAAGAAGGUCACCGUUGUCACUCAAUUCCACACUUCUGGAGGCUCCCUGAGCGAGAUCACUCGUCUCUACGUCCAGGACGGCAAGGUCAUUGCCAACUCCAAGGACCUCCUCGGCACUGGUGGUAACUCCAUCACCCAGGGCUGGUGCGAGGACAUCCGCGACGUCUUCACCGACAGAGACAGCUUUACCGAGAAGGGCGGACUUGCGCAGAUGGGCAAGGGUCUCAACGGCAUGGUUCUGGUUCUCAGUCUCUGGAACGAUUUCUACGCCAACAUGCUCUGGCUUGACUCCAACUACCCAGUCGACUCUACCAAGCCCGGCGCUGACCGUGGAAGCUGCCCCACCAGCUCUGGUGCCUAUCCCGAUGUCAUCAACAGCAACUCUGGCGCUACCGUCUCUUUCUCCAACAUCAAGUUCGGUCCUAUCGGCUCUACUUACGGUUCUGGCACAACCAACCCAGGAACCAGCACCACCGCAAGAGCCACCAGCACCACUACCUCCGGCGGCGGAUCCCAGCCCACUGGCACUUCGCCUAUCUACGGACAGUGCGGAGGCAGUGGCUGGACUGGCCCGACUUCCUGCGCCUCCGGCAGCUGCUGUACCGUCAACAACGCUUGGUACUCUCAGUGCCUCCCUUGCUAA